UAAGCACAGCCACAGCAAGCACGUUGUAGCUGUGCUUUUGUGAGUGUGUUUAGGGUGCAGUGACUGACCGACUGACUGAAAAGAUCCACUUGGCUGGUCUUUGCAUCCUGUUGUUCAAGUGCAACGGCGCGUGUGCUGUUGUGUGUGCGUGUUGUGUGUCUGCGAGGUGUGUUUGCAGUCAGAGCGAGUUCAAAUAUGAAGAGAGGCAAGAAGGAAGAGGACGCAGCUGCAGAUGGGGACAAUGACACCGGCUCUGCUUCUGCAAAGAAAACAAAGAAGGCUAAGGAACCAGAGGCCCCAAUAAUGUACGAUGAUCCUCCUGACAAAAUGACCAGCAAAGAUGGACGUGAAGCCAACAUGAAGAUCACCUCCUGGAACGUCGACGGCCUGAGGGCCUGGGUGAAAAAGAAGGGCCUGGAUUGGGUGCGUGAGGAGGCUCCAGAUGUUUUGUGCCUGCAGGAGACAAAGUGUGCAGAGAAAUCCCUCCCUGCUGACAUCACCUCAAUGCCAGAGUACCCUCACAAGUACUGGUCCGCAUCAGAUGAAAAGGAGGGUUACAGUGGUGUGGCAAUGCUCUGCAAGACUGAACCCCUAAAAGUCACCUAUGGCAUCGGUAACGAAGAGCAUGACAAGGAGGGCCGCGUCAUCACCGCCGAGUUCCCCAACUUCUUCCUGGUGACCGCCUAUGUGCCAAACUCCGGCAGAGGCCUCGUGCGCCUCGACUACCGCAAAACCUGGGACGUGGACUUCCGGGCGUAUCUGAGCGAGCUGGACAUGCAGAAGCCCCUGGUGCUGUGCGGCGACCUUAACGUUGCGCACCAGGAGAUCGACCUGAAGAACCCGAAGGGGAACAAGAAGAACGCCGGCUUCACCCCCGAGGAGCGCGAGGGCUUCGGCCAGCUGCUGGAGUCCGGUUUCAUCGACAGCUUCCGUGAGCUUUACCCCGAGCAGGCCAACGCCUACACCUUCUGGACCUACAUGAUGAACUCGCGCGGAAAGAAUGUGGGCUGGAGGCUUGACUACUUUGUACUGUCGUCCAGUCUGCUGCCAGGCCUGUGCGACAGCAAGAUUCGCAACAAGGCCCUGGGAAGCGACCACUGCCCCAUCACUCUGCACAUAGCUGUGUAGGUCAGUGUCCGAGAACGGCUACAGAUUUACAUAGCCUUCACUGUUUUCUUAGUACUUCCGUUCCUACUCGGCUGAAACUAUCAUGUAUGCUAGUGUGCGUUAGAGUGAGGCCUGUUUGUGCAGGGAAGUCUUACAUUUGUUGGGAGUUUCUCACACUUUACAAACUCAUUCCUUCAGUAGGCUCAACGGUAGCCUAGUGUAUACUCUGUAAUACUUUUUCAGUUUUCACAUGAAACUUUAAUAAAAUGACUCCACGGCACAAUUCAUACUGCUCAUUUAUCCUCUUCAUACAAUUGAAGUUUGUCAAUAAACCCAGUGAUGUACACCUCAUUUCGGCUGUUCUCUAAAAACGCAACACUAUUACUCGUAGAUGUUUGAAGAUGAUUUUUAACAACCUGUGCCACAGGCUCCUGUUUGUACUACUGCCGACCUGAGACCUCCAUGCAACAUAGCCUGUAGUACAUUUGUGUUACUGUCCGAAAUGGAGAACAUUGCUGUUAAAAAAAAAAAAAUGUAACUAAAAAUGUUUUAAGCCUCUUUUCCAAAGCAUUGUUUUUUUUCUGUUGUAAAACAUGCCCAAAAUAAAGACUGGAUUUAUGUUUC